CAUAUCUCUAAUGGCCAGUGCAUAUAAUGUUAGCAUCGGAAUGCACUGUGUUCAGGCGACCACACGAAUGGUUGUCUUCGGCAUUGACAACUCUGUUUGGACCAUUUCAACGGGUAUCCUUGGCAGCGAUGUCGUGUUUCCAGGCAACCCGUUCGAUCGAUCACUACCGACAACCGGCCCGUGCGUGCUGAGGAAUUCGGUCAAUCAGUCGAUAGUCAACCGUCCAUCCCGUUACAGCAAAUGGCAUCGGAGAACGCCGACCGAGUGCAGCAAAAGUAUCGGACCACGUUGAGCCAGAUCGGCAAACCAUUGGAGGAACCUCUGAUCGGCAGUCACCUGCAGCUUCCCGUUCGACCAAGGCCAGCCGAGCAUCCCGUGUUCGAUAUGACUCUGCUCUAUAUUCCGAUCUACUGCCACCUGGUGCUGCAUCCACCGGGCGAGAUACAGCGUCCACCUACUCCGGAGCUGAUAACGCGAGCCCGAAUCGAAAAGGCGGUAGAGAACUGGAUGGAUUGAAAUCGGCGAACAUACCACGUCUCGCUUCAGCAGGAAAGUCCGUGGGUUAGCGUUGGGUCAUCAGCAUCUUUUGGGCGCGUUGAUACACUCUAAACCUCUAAAUCCCUGCUCUCGCUCUGCUCUUAUCUUUGCUUUUUCGGGUUUUCCCUCUAUGUUGCGUACCAACCAACAUCCAUCGGCCCGGUGCCAGAAUCUGAAGUGAUGGUGAAGCAAUGGAAAUAAAGAAACGAUUCGCUCGCAAUCGCAAAUGCGCGAAACAUCGGUUGUGUUUUUAAAUCGUACAAGUAAA